AGAUUUUCAUUAUCACGUAAACGUUUAGGAUAUAGUGUUUUGACAUAUUAACUAUUAAAGCGUCACAUUAACGUUGAUUUUAGGCGUGCACUUGCGGGGAAGAAAAAUGGGAAGAUCUAGAUCAAGAAGUCGUAGUCGAAGCUAUGAUCGCAGACGCAGCAGGAGUGCCAGUUAUGACAGCAGAAGCCCUUCUCCUGAGGAGGGUUACAGAAUCCAUGUAGCUGAUUUGGGCAUGGAUCCCUCCAAGCGAGACAUUGAAAGAGCAUUUGAAAAGUUUGGGCCAUUGGUAGAAGUAUGGGUUGCAAGGAACCCACCAUGCUUCGCAUUUGUUGUAUACAAAUACAGAGAGGAUGCUGACAAAGCUAUUAGAGAAAUGGAUGGGAAACCUCUUGCAGGAGGAAGAGUCAGAUGCUCAUUUGCACGACCAAGAACAAGAGGAAGAAGGAGGAGAGGGUUUGAUCCAAAUUUACGGUGUUAUACUUGUGGAGAGAAGGGUCAUUUUUCCAGGGACUGUGUUGAAAUUUGGAGACAAAGGCGAAGAAACAGAAGUCGAGAUCGCCGAAGGAGAAGAACAAGGUCUCAUUCCAGAAGUGGGUCAAGGUCAAGAAGAAGCAGGUCAAGAUCCAGGUCAAGAAGAAGGGAUAGGUCAGGUUCCAGGUCUAGGAGCAGCAGAAGAGACAGGGACAGAGAGAGAAAAUCCAGGUCAAGGUCACCGAAACGUGAAAAAAGGAAAGAGUCCUCCUCCAAAUCUCCACGAAGAAGUCGAGAUCGCUCAGAUGAUAGAAACGACAAGGAGGGUUCUGACAAGGAGAGCCCUCCAAGAGCAGACCAGGAGAAAGUUCUGGAUGAGAUCAGGCCCUCGCAGUCCCGCUCUCGGUCCAGGAGUGCCCCAAGGUCAGAGAGGUCAGCAUGUUCUGGAAGCAGGAGUCCCCCUCUAGGGAGGGAGGAAGAUGAGGAAGACUAAGGAGUACUGGACCAGGCACAUUGGUUGUUGUUAAUCUCUUUGGACUGAGAGGAAGGGUACUGGACCAAACUGAUUGGUUGUUGUUAAUCUAUUUAGUGUAUUUUAUCCAUUCAAUGUUUAUGUGUAAGAAAAUCAUGAUUCUUUAUGAUUGUAUCAUUAAAUAUGAAAAACAUACAAA